GAUACAGAUUAUGCCAUGAUAUCUCCUCAACAACAUAUAUCUUCUUCAGGCCAAACGCGCAAAAGCAAAUCGAAAGGUUAUUUAACAGACAAGCAAUAUGGUCUAGUGUCAGUUCGUAUCGAAACUCCAAACAUGGCGCACACAGAAGAGCUGCGGCCGCUGCUCAGCAAGAUCGCUGAAGAACAGAACUACAAGAACCCUGAAAUUAUCAUAAAAGACAUAUCUAGCGGUGGAGCCAACUACACGUCUACUCUACACACGGCGAUCAUAAAAGCGAAGAAUAAGGAAGACUUGCACUUGUUCGCCAAAAUCGGAGCAGUAGGAGAGAAAAUGCGUAGUGAAGUGAAUGUAAACUUUUUUGACACCGAACAAUAUGCUUACUUGACGUUAUUUAAAAGUUACGCAGCAUUAGAAGAAGAGCAUGGAGUGGCCGAGGAGCACAGACUGCCGUACGUCAAGAUGUAUGGUUACGACAACACGCUGUAUAAAGAGACCCUAGUGCUGGAAGACCUUACGGCGCAGGGCUUCGGAUCCUUCGACAGGUUCCAGCCGAUGGACUGGGAGUACGCUGCUGCCGCAGUCACAGAGUGUGCCAAAUUGCAUGCGCUUUCCUUCGCUACUAGUAAGCAAAGACCAGAGGAAUUUGAAAAAUCCCAAGAAGUUUUAAAAACAACUUGGGAAACACUUAAACUGGAACAUUUGAUAGAAAAAACGAUGCAAAAUGCGUUAAAAGUCAUCAACCCACAACACAAAAAAUCGUUUGAAAAAUUUGCUUCCCAAAAUAUUUCUAAAAUGGUAGAAAAAUUCUACAGCCCUAUUAAUGCCAAAAUAAUCACGCAUGGUGACUUCAGAGGCAACAACCUGCUGCACAGAGUGCGCGAGGAUGGCAAAGUAGACAUCAGGGUCGUGGAUCUCCAAACUCUCCAGGGCGGCAGUCCACCAGCCGACCUGCUGUACUUCAUCCUCACAGGCACGGACGAGAAGUUCCGCGCUAAGUACUUCGACCGGCUCGUGGAGCACUACUACUCGCAGCUCAGCGCCGCGAUGAGGAGGCUGCACCUCAACCCUCAUGAAGUGUACUCCAAGGAAGUCUUCGAUCAAGAGCUUAAAGAGAAACUUCCAUAUGGGCUAGCCCUGAUACUGUUCCUGCUGCCCAUUGUGACGAUCGCUCCUGACCAGGCGCCCACAGUCGACCACAACUUGGACAUGUCUUCCUUCACAGUACAGAACACCAGCGACCUGUUCUCUGAGAGGCUUAAUGGCAUCAUCAACGAUUACGUUAAGUGGGGGAUCCUGAAAUAAUACUUACAAUGAAUAAUCUUUAUGUAUGAUAGCGAUUUUAUAUUCGGUAGAAGAGGCCUGUGCCCUGCAGUGGGU